ACAGCUGAUUCUUCUUCCAGUUUUCUGGAUCUGUCAACAUUUUGUUCGGCUUGGCCUUGGAGAACUACACAUCAUUCCACUCAUUUGAUCUCAAAAUCGUGACAGGAUUUUAGAUCGUUUUCCAUUAUGAGGGCUUGAUUCCUCAGUCAUCACAAGGCAGGCACCAUUGAGCCUUCUUAAACGACGGAAACAAGUGUUUUGUUGUUUCUCGCUGCACACAUCAGUAGCAAGGCCGGCCUUUGUCUCUAGUACAAAAAAGACCAAGAGCAUAAACAGUUGGACAAAGCCCUCUGUUCCGAGAGUGAACCGUUAGGUCAAGUGAAAAAGGCAGUGAAGAAAUGGCCCUCUAACUCAACAGAUCGCUUCUUGGAGCCAGAUUUUUGAUUACUAAACAAUGGCGGCUUUGAAUAAGGUCAAUCCGGAACCAGGGGCGAGUAGCUCUUCGGAACACUUUCAAAGAAGAAGAGAUCAUUCCCCAGAUAGACCCAAGAAGAUCAACGAUUACUUUGAAGAACCAGAUUAUGGGGUUGGGGUCGCUUACGACCCCAAAUUUCAGGGACCAGUCAGGAAUCGAAAAUGCACGGACAUCAUAUGUCUGGUGUUAUUUUUCGUUUUCCUUGGCGCUUGGGGAGUUGUCGCUUAUUUUGCUGUUCAAAGAGGAGACAUAGAAAGAAUAAUAUAUCCUACGGAUUCCAAGGGCCAGAUAUGUGGCAGGGGGGAAUUGCAAAACCGUCCCCUUUUGCUAUUUUUCGACUUGACUAAAUGCCUCAAUCCGGCAGUUCUGGCCAUUGGAUGUCCAACCACCCAAGUGUGUGUUAGCGCUUGCCCAACUGAACAAUAUUCAGGGUACGGCGCAAGCCUUGCACCGGCUGCAAAUAAGAAUCAGGAUCAUAUUAAAGAAAAAAUGCGUCCGUUUUGUCAAAGACUAUCCAAACUAGAAUGGGAUUCCAUGACUCCGGCCAAACUCAUAGAGCUAAACCAUUGUCCGGCGUGGACUUUACCCAGCACAUCUGUCCUUGGCCGUUGCCUCCCUACGAUUGUGAGCACAGAAAACAAGAACAACAAUCCGAAUGCAACUGUCUUUGAUGAGAAUGAAAAUCCUGGCGGAAAGCCCAUUAACCAGGCCACCGUGUCUAGUGCCGUGACAGCUCUUGGUGCCUUUUUACAAGUCCGAGGCUUUGGUGAGCGGAUCUUCACGGACAUUUCUGCUACGUGGUGGAUGAUUUGUGUGGCUUUGUUAGUGGCUGCCAUCACUUCUUUUUUCUGGAUUAUACUCAUGCGAUUCUUCACUCGUAUCAUGAUCUGGACUUCCAUUGGACUGGUAUUCACGCUCUUUGGAGGGCUUUUUGGCUACACAUUGUACAAGUAUAUCGUCAUCAAGGAUCAACCCACGGCUCAAGGGAACAUUUUCCAGGUCAAUUUCACUCCCGAUUAUGGUAAAGACGUCCUGGCUUUGGCGAAUACUUGGCUCGCGUUUUGUAUCAUCUGCGGCAUCAUCUUUUUGAUCAUCUUUCUGCUUUUGAUAGCCUUACGGCAAAGAAUUCUUAUCGCAAUCGAGCUCAUAGAGCAAGGAUCAAGGGCUGUGGGGCAGAUGUUUUCCACAUUGUUCUUCCCACUUGGACCCUUUUGCUUUCAAAUCGUGGUGGUGCUCUUUUUUGCGGGCGUGGCCGUGUAUCUGUCAUCAGCCGGUGAACCUGAAUACCGCAUAUCAUACCCUCUAAAAAAAGACGCAUUCUCUAGAGAUGCCAUGGCCAUGACCGCGCCCUGCGACCACAGUUGCCAGAAUCCAGAUACGAACAAGCCGUUCAACAUAUCCGACAUCUGCGACCCAAAGCACUUCAAGGAGUCGUGUCAAUGUACUGAGAUUGAAUGCCAAUUCACCAUGUAUACUAAGCCGUCGGGUACUUCCUGGAUGGUUUGGUUUAAUCUAUUCGGCUUCUAUUGGGGAAUGUUCUUUGUGGCCGCCUUUUCAGAACUGACCUUGGCCGGAGUAUUCGCCACGUGGUAUUGGACUUGGAAUAAGAAAGACGUCCCAAUGUUCGUCUUGCCGCGGUUUUUCGGCAUCGUCAUUUUCUAUCAUUUGGGCACGGUGGCCUUUGGCUCGCUGAUUAUCGCCAUAAUCCGGAUGAUCCGGACCGUAGUGAGUUACAUCGAGUCCAAGUUAAAGGCGUACAAUAACGACUUGGUGAAAUGUCUCAUUUGCGUUUGCAAGUGUUGCUUGUACUGCUUGGAAAAGUUCAUGAAGUUCAUCAAUCGCAACGCUUACAUCAUGUGCGCCAUCAAGAGUACCAAUUUCUGCACGUCUGCUAAAGAUGCAUUCAAUCUCCUGAUGCGGAAUUUAGUACGGGUCGUCGUCUUGAACAAAGUUGUGGAGUUCCUGUUGUUCUUAGGAAAGCUAGUCGUCACAACGGGCGUGGGCUGUCUGGCUUAUUUCACUUUCACUGGUGGCAUCACUGUCAUAAAGGAUGAUAUCCCUACGCUUAAUUACUUUCAAACGCCUAUAGUCAUUAUCGUCAUAGGGACAUAUUUCAUUUCGUCGUCCUUUUUCAGCGUGUAUUCAAUGGCUGUCGACACGUUGUUCUUGUGCUUUUUAGAAGAUCUUGAACGAAAUGAUGGCAGUCCGGAGAAACCAUAUUAUAUGUCUCGAGGUCUGCAAAAAGUGAUAGGAAAGAUGAAUAAGAUAAAGAAUCGAUAAUUCUGUGAUUAACUGCAUCUCUAAUUGAUUUCUCAAAUAUUUUUAUUUUUACAUUUCUAUGACUAAAUACAUUUUAUGAUCAAUCCA